ACACAAUAAAGACAAGUCAAGUGAUUGAUGAAUAAAAAUAUUUGUUGGUUGCAGCCCUAGUGUUAAACCACUGCAUUCAACUACAACACUACUUCAGCUGCUUGUUGGACAGGGUCUGAGGCAGGACAGCAGGUUGAUGGCAGAGGGAGGAGACAUCCAGCUAAACAGCAGGUACUGGGAGGCGGCAACUCCCCCAGUUUGUAAUUAUUUGUCUCUCUCUUUAGAGAUCCUGAGACAGAACCUCCGGAGAAGAAGAGGCAGUCUAGCUGCUGAUAAAACUUUGUUGCUUUGAGAUUUAUUUGGGAACCAAAUUUCUUACAUCUUGAUUUAAACAUUUAAGGAGGACCACAGGCGACUUUUAAUUUGGAAGAAGCUUUAAUGUGACUCCUCCUGAUCCAUGAAGAUGUGAUUUUUGAAGAUGCGUUAGCCUUUAUUUUACAUCUGUGCACUGCAGCUACACACUGGAGCAGAACAUAGACAUCCUGAACACGUUUCAUCUGCUACGGUGAGUUAAAAUCAUCCAUUUGAAUGUAGAAAUGCACUGAUUAUGUACUGAUUAUCCAAAGUUACACUUGUUCAAAUAACUCAUUAGCUUGUUUAAUCAAUAUACAAUCCAGAAUAUUGUUGUUUAAGUCAGAAAAAAAGUAUUUGAAGUGUAGACAUAUACUCUUGAUACCAGUGAGAAAGUCACACAGGAGAUUCUUGUGUCAGAUGUCCAUAUUGACCUAUCUGGGUUCAUGUGUUUAUGGUGUUGACCCUGGUUGUUGUGGCUGGAUGUGGAGCUAACUCUACUGUUGACCGUGAGAUGGAGGUGUGUUUGCUCUGGCUGGUUGAUGUUGACUGUUGUCCUUUCAGUGUUGACCUGCUAAUAAAUUCCAGCCAGGAGGAGAUGUGUGUACUCUCACUAUGCAAGGAAACAUCUGUCAACAGUCAACACUAACAACACACUGUUUCCCUAAAAACAAAGUUUAAGACUUGAUAUCAGUUGUGAUCAAUGUGCUGUCACUACUGCGGUGAUUCUAAUCAUGUCCUCUCCUCUGCUGCCAGGGUGUUCUCAGGAGUUUAACAGAUUCAUGGAGAAGACACUGACAAUAGGUCUGACUCUUUUCUUGACGCUGUGUGUGGACAUAGCAGCAGCAGGAGGGAAGAAGGAGGGGGCUCAUGGCGAGGACACUCAGACACGUUCAUCCCGGUCUUCAGAUAUAAAAGGAGGCCGUUGCUCCUACACUUUCAUUGUCCCACAGCAAAAACUGACAGGUGCGCUGUGUUUGAACACACAGUCUGCCUCUAUCAACCAGUCAGAGGUGGCAGCGCUGCGGGCGGAACUCAGGCGGCAGCAGGAGCAGCUGGAGAAGCUCCAAGGCCAGCUGGAGCAGGAAGGGUCCCUUGCCAUGGAAGUAAGAGCCCUGCGCAAAGAGAGUAACAGCAUGAAUUCUCGCAUUGCCCAGCUCUAUGCCCAGCUUCUACAUGAAGUCAUACAUAAGAAAGACCAGGCUUUGGAGCAGCGAAGGGUGGAGAACCUCCUGCUAAAUGCUACAACACAGGCACUGCAGGUCUCCAGUAACUACAGGGAGCUGGAGAAGAAAUACGGAGCCCUCACAUCCAUGAUGAGCUCCCAGAACCAGUUUAUUGCCCGUCUGGAGAAGCAGUGCCAGUGCAGGGAGUCCACCCAGCCUGCUCUGGUGACGACUGAACCACCAAAAACCCAGUCUAAUGUGCAUCCUAAUUACAGCUCUGAAGCCAACGAGAUGACAAAUGAUGUUCAAAGGGACCAAAGUGCUCUUCCACCACAGCAGGAAAAAACACUUCCUUCCCUCCCCAACACCACAGCCAACACCACUACAGACCCUCCUUACAUUAGUUUCCCUGUCACAAAGACCCCAGGGCCGUGGCGGGACUGCCACCAUGUGCUCGAAUCAGGUGAGACCACCAGCGGGAUCUACCUGCUCCGUCCACAGAGUGCCAAUCGCCUCCUGCAGGCCUGGUGUGAGCAGAGUCGGGCUCAGGGAGGGUGGACGGUCAUCCAGAGGAGACAGGAUGGGUCGGUCAACUUCUUCAGGACUUGGGAGCAGUAUAAGGUGAUUACACACAGCUGCAAGUCUCAAGGCUUUGGGAAUCUAGACGGGGAGUACUGGCUUGGCCUUGAGCACCUCUACUGGCUGACUAAACAAGCCCAGUAUAAGCUACGGGUGGCUAUGGAGGACUGGCAGGGCCGGCAGGUGUUUGCUGAGUAUGACAGCUUCCACCUGGAACCGGAGAGUGAUUGGUACCGAUUGCGGUUGGGACAAUACCACGGCAACGCAGGGGACUCCCUCUCAUGGCACAACAACAAGGCCUUCACCACUCUGGAUCGAGACAAAGACAGCUAUACAGGCAACUGCGCACAUUACCAGAAAGGAGGCUGGUGGUACCACAUGUGUGCCCACUCCAAUCUGAAUGGUGUGUGGUAUCGGGGCGGACACUAUCGCAGCCGCUUCCAGGAUGGAGUCUACUGGGCGGAGUUCCACGGAGGGUCCUACUCUCUCAAACGAGUUACCAUGAUGAUCAAACCCUCAUAA